CACGGAAUCAGUUCGUAUUUUGGGCAACGUUAACUGCAAUCGCCUCAAAAAUUAUUUACCGCUGCUGAAAGUUUCGUUGGCCGAUGAGCUCUGAACUGUGCGGACCAGUUUUGUUGCAGCAUAGUGCUUCACACGUGUCACAGAAGUAAUAGUACAAAUCUAACAAUGCGUUGAUGCCGAGUGCGGUAUAAAAGUGCUACAAUUCACAUAAAAUGAGCGAUGCAAUUAAAAAUAAAAAAUUGAUGCCAACAAUCUCAUCGUUUAAAGGCGAAACAGAUUCGUAUCGGUGACGUAAGUUAGCAAACACUUCCGUAUUAAAUGUCAGUAUGUCGAACAGUGCGUCUAUGCAACGAGUGUGCAACUGAUCAUUCCGAAGCCGAUAAAUAAUGCAACUGCAUAAAUCAGAUUGAUCGUUAAAUCAGAUAUCUACUCCAAGGACCUCCGACUUUCAGAAUGACAAGUUAUCGACUAGUAUUUAUUUUUGUGAUCAGCUGUUGUGUUCCGAGCACUACCGUUUUGUCAGCGGCUGUUGGAACAAUAACGAUGCGUCUCUAUUCCAGGAACGAUUCUUAUAAAGAAGUCGGUGCAGAACAAUCGCGACAACUUGUGCCGCAUAUUAACUUGGGAGUAAAAACACUGAUACACUGUCACGGUUUCCGACAAUCAACAGAUUCCCCACAUGUCCUGAAUCUAAUACACAAUUACUUAGCCGGUUUCGAUUAUAAUAUCAUCGCAGCGGAUUACAGGCAUGUUACACUGAGAGAUGAUUAUCUAUCAUCGGUUUACCUGGCCAACGAGGUUGCUGAGGUUUUAGUCCGAAGUAUAAAUGAUAUGGUUGCGGUUGGAUUGGAUAAAAAUAAAUUAUUACUCACUGGACUUUCUUUGGGCGCUCAAAUCGCCGGCCACAUUGGACGUAUUCUACCCUUCAAACUUCCAGAGAUAAUAGCUAUGGAUCCUGCCGGACCUUUGUUUAAAUAUGUUGAGCAAGGGAUAACUGCUUCUGAUGCGCUCUGCGUCAAAUGCAUUCAUACCGAUAUGUACUUCUACGGAACUUCGAAAACCUGCGGCCACUUAGACUUUUAUCCAAACGGCGGAUUUGGAGAGCAACCUGGUUGUCCAUUACUCCCGGCCACCGGCGCAUGCAGUCACGAUAGAUCUGCGGAGCUUAUGGGGGAAUCUGCGAGAAACCCGUACGGUUUCGAGAGUGUAAAAUGCAAUAGUUGGAGCGACUUCAAGUCCAGCCGUUGCGAUCGAAAUGUUAUCAUACCUAUGGGAGAAUUGUCGCCAUGCUCUGUCACCGGUAAAUUCUACCUCCAGACAAAUGGAAAAGCUCCAUUUUCAAAGGGAUUAGUUGGCACAGUGUACCAUAGAGAAUUGUAAUAAAACAUACUUCACUCUUGCUUGUUGAAAAGUGUGAUGCGAUGAUGUAAACGCGAAUAAAUGGUACAUGCAAAAAGUA